AUGGGGCAGGAACAGUGGCUAGUGGAGCAGGAACAGUGUCUAGUGGAGCAGGAACAGUGGCUAGUGGAGCAGGAACAGUGGCUAGUGGAGCAGGAACAGUGGCUAGUGGAGCAGGAACAGUGGCUAGUGGAGCAGGAACAGUUGCUAGUGGAGCAGGAACAGUGGCUAGUGGAGCAGGAACAGUGGCUAGUGGAGCAGGAACAGUGUCUAGUGGAGCAGGAACAGUGGCUAGUGGAGCAGGAACAGUGGCUAGUGGAGCAGGAACAGUGGCUAGUGGGGCAGGAACAGUGGCUAGUGGAGCUGGAACAGUGGCUAGUGGAGCAGGAACAGUGGCUAGUGGGGCAGGAACAGUGGCUAGUGGAGCAGGAAUAG